AGGGUGUGUUGCGAACUGCUCAGUCUUGUGACAUCACUAUGUCAAGAUGUUGACUAUGAAGUGAGCUUGUAUGUGUCGACAACUUGCUCCAAUAGCAAAGCAACUGGGAUCCGAACUGACGGGCAAUUUCAUCCUACCUGAGUUGAUCAAACUCGCCAAAGAUGAAGAAUGCACCGUGCACAUCUUGUGUCUCAAAACCCUCGUCUCCAUUCUUGACCAACUGGACAAAGAGUUGAGAGUUUCGUCUGUCAUUCCUCUCGUGUGAGAGUGUUUUGAGAGUGCGUUUGCAUGGAAGGAUGCGUCGCUGCAAGUCGUGUGUCAGUUGUAUGGAAGGUUUACAUGUUGAAGGACGUGUGUGACAACGAUCAUCGCAAAUGGUUUCUCAAUUUUUGUUGUCAGAUGGCAACAUUGAAUCAAGGGAAUGCAAACUUGCAGAUGCUUGUCACGGCUCCGAAAACGAUGGUGAUGACACUUUUUGCCGAGGCUCAUAAUUUUGAGCAUGAACUGUUGGUAACUCUUCCGCGAUUGGUGACAGACCAACAUCCUAAAGUUAGAAGGACAGUAGCAUCAGGAUUUUAUGAGGAAGUCGUUCCCUCGGCUCAUGUGGACAUUCAAGUUGGUGCAUUAGAAUCUUUCUCACUGUUACUAGAGAACAAGCAGCUGACGGUGCACGUAUUCCAUUCGAUGCUCGAUCUUUCCUACUGUAUUUAAUUAAUUGAUUGGAGAGCAGAGAGAGAGUCAUCUCUUCAGCCCAAGUCAAGACUCCGCUCCGAGUAAAUUAAUUAAGCCACUAAAGUCAUUUGACUACUUUUCAGCCAUAUAUCACAUCCAAUUGCCCCUCCAUUUGCAUCGAUCAUGAGGCUGUGUCAUCAUUGUCAACAACAUAAAUGCCAGUUACAAGUUCUAUAGCGUUGCAGGAAUGGUAUUGAGGGACACAAUUUAUUGUAAAUAACUACAAAUGUACAGUAGAACCAAUCUAAACCGUAACAACUGAAUAUAAUGACACAACCACAACCUUAUAUUAUAGU